UGCACUUAUAUACUUGAUCCUCUCUCACGACUGGGCUGGAAAUUUCACCAUUGCCUCAAGUUAUCAAAGACUAGUGGUUUGAUCCAAGGCCUAACCCAAAGACAUGCCCUUGGAUAAACAAUUAAUAUAAAGUAAAAAAGAAAGAUUAACAAACGCAUCAUGAUCGGUGCAUUUUGGUCGUCUCUACAUCAUUUCCCAAAAGCAAAUAAUUUAUAAAAUUUAUACGUAGUUUCAUAAUUGAAUGUCCAUUAUCAAUAGUCCUACUCCUAAUUUCAUGAUAUAGUUUUUAGUUAUUUUCUUUUUAAAAAAAAUAUUAAUGUAGCUGGAUCGAGUCUACACGUGGCCCUGCCCUGUUUUAACCACCAAUCCUAAAAUUUGGCGGGAUUUGAAAUUUAUUUCUUGAAUCCUAAUGUUAGAUUCCGCCAUUUCACAAGUUUUCUUUUUAAAAGAAAAUCUGGCGCCGGAAUAACCCAAUCUUUAUCUUACUAUAAGCAUUGGUAUCCAAAAACGAAUAAUAAAACCCUAGCUAGUCGUUCAAGGGGCAGAGAGGUUUCAGAUCUCAUCGGAAAUGAACAGUGACGAGGAGUUUAUUAUGCAAUUCUCAGACUCCGAAAAGCAGCCUGAAAGAAAACUCAAACGUCUUAAGAGAGCUACCGACGAUGUUACUAGAGAUCCUCUCCCUAUUCCAUCACCUGACGACAAUGCACCGUCGUCGUUUCAUGACGUGAACUCAAAAGAAUCCCUAGAUAGAGUAGAAGCGAAUGCUCAAGAAGAACUCGAGGAAAUAGAUGCAAGAGAUAAGUCCCGAUUUGAGGCUUUCAAAGAUUUGGAUUCUGGAUUUGAUAGUUUGGAUGUUGAGGGAAGCCGACCUGGCGCUAAGAGAGCUUUGGGAUUUGAUUGUGCCGCUGAAGAUUUUGAUGUGGAGGGUGGAGAUCUAACGGCUACGGAAGUGCAGGUAGAAAAUAAAAUUAAUCAUUUGGACGGAAUUAAGGAGAAAAGAGAGAAAAAAAAGAAUAAGAAGAAGAGAGCGAAGAGUGCAGGUGAUGAUGGUUAUGAUGAAAAUAUAUCUUCAGCCGCCCCUAACAAAAGGAGGAGAGACAAGGAAAGAAGAGAACGGCUUAAGGAUCUCCGUUCUGAAUCUCAGAAAUUGUUGAGAGAAACUAGAGAUGCAUCUUUUAAACCUCUGCCUUUUGUUCAAAAGUCUGUAUCUUCUGUUCUGGAGAAGAUACGGCAAAGAAAGCAUGAACUUUCGAGAAAAUCUGUUAUUGAUGUCCAUGAUACUAUUACAAGAGAGGUUACUUUAGACUUUGAUUUUGAAAAUUCUCCUAUUAAAGACAAGGUUACGGAAGCAGAUAAUGAAGAAAGAACUGGGUAUUCUGUUGAUGGGGAGGGUAGUUCGGUUGCACGGAGUGCACAAGGAUCUAGGGAGGCUUCAAAUAACAGUCAUAAAAGUUUGACUCCUCAGAUGGCUUUGGCCGAGGAUACAAAACAAACAUUUCGAGCUCCUAUUGAUGAUACUCAGGAUCUAAUUUUUGAUUCCCAAACAAGUGAAUUUAAUGAUGAGCUGUCAGAUGAGAUGCCCAGCAGUCCAUUAGAAGAUGUUAUGGCACCUUCUUUCCUUGUAAUGGACUUAAAGCUUGAUUCUGCUCCUCCUGAUGAAUUUUCUUCUGAUGAAGAGGAGAAUGACAAGGAGAACAUUGAUCCUUUCCUGCGAGGAUUAGUAGACGACUUACCUUCAUCUCCAAAAGGUGAUCCUGUGAAAGCUUUUGUUGAUGAUGAAGCUGAGGAAGAAGAUGAUAGUGAUAAUGACCUAGCUCGUUUCAAAGAUAAUGAGGAAGAUGAGGAUAUCAUGGACUCUGAGGAACUAAAUGAAAUAAUAGCAACUGGAUAUGAAGAAAAGCCAGUGGACAAUGAUUUACGCAAUCAACUUCAUCAGAAGUGGCUUGAACAGCAAGAUGCUGCUGGAACAGAAAAUCUUUUGCACAGACUGAAAUGCAAUUCUAAACAGAGACAAAUUGAAGAGGAAGAAGAUGAGGAGAGUGAAGAGGUUGAAGAAGAGUUUCUUGAUGAUCCUGCAGAAUACCUUGGUCCAAGAAAUGCAGUGCGAAUGAACUUGAAGAAAGCUAAAGAAAUGAUUUGUCAAAUGUUUACAGAUAAAGAUGUAUAUGUUUCCUCUGAUGAUGAGGAAACUGAAGAAAGGCUUGCUAAGCAGAACCUUUCUGAUAAAUCUGAAAAGCAGGCUAAAUUCUUGUCACCAGCUGAGGAUGAAGGCUGCAGAGGAAUCUUCAGUCGCAUAAAAAAGUUGAAUGGCGUGCUAGACACUAGGAGGAGAGCCAAAAUAUCAUCCCAUUUUCAUACGUUGUCAAUAGGAGGAGACAAGACUGCGCCAUCAAAGUCUUCUUUCCUAAGUCGGAGGUCAAGAAAUUCACUGCCAUCAGUCCACAAACAUGGUACAAGCACAGUUCGUUCAUUUGUCUUUGAAAGAGAUGACAGCAACAGCAGGAGUGCAAUCUCAAUGUCAGAGGAUUCUUUAGAUGCGAGAGAGAGAAGAGCGAAGAAAACUGCAUCGGCCAAGUACAGUAGCUCGCAAGUUAGAUCCAGUGCUCAAAACACUGAAACUAAAGCAGAGAAGAGUUCUGGCUCUUCACUACACGAAAUAUUAAGGUGCCAAUCAAUGCAAUCUAGCAGCUUUAGUCAUGGUAGCAUGGCUGGCCAAGUCGAAGCCAUAUAUGCUUCUUUUAAAUUGGAUCGAAGUCUUGUAAAGAAAGAGCGUGGUGUAUCUAUAAGAACGGCGUAGGAUGUUCAGUGGCUCCAAAAUGCUGUAAUCGUACUUGAUGUUCUUUUAACUAAGAUGCGCCAAAAUUAAUGCGUAUGUAAAGCUUCUUUCUUCAAUCUUUCAUGGAAUCUGUUUAUGAAACAGUUGGCUUGCUUUCAAUGCAGUGUGCCAUGUGCAGAUUUUCUGCCCACUAAUGGCAAUGA